UUUUUUCAUCCAUACUCCUGGUCCCCAUUGAUGCAUAUUAAUCUUGCAAUCACUUGACAAAAAAUAUUUAUUUUAAUUUUGGAAGACAACUACCAAAAUUUAAUCCGGUACAUGGUUUUGGGUGCUGGAUGUUUUACCCGGUGAUUGGUGGUUGCCGUUGGAUGUAGAAAUUUGUACCGGACACUGGUUAAAGGUUACGGAUAAAAGUUCCGAAAGUUGGACAAGAACCCCAUAAGAAUUUGCGUAUAAGUUUACACCGCACCCUAAAGUUAGUUGCUUACUCCUUCCUCCAAAUAACUGAAAGGGGCCAAUAAUAUCGUUAAUUUAUCUCCUACUCACUCCACUUGCCGUUGCCCCUACCACCGCAGCCUCUGUCAAGUCCACCGCAUCGCCGUCGAAGUACCGGAAAGUUUCAUCAUUCGUCAGUGCGCAGCCGCUAAACUUCUCCUACUGUGGAUUUUCCGUAUCAAAUCAAAAGGUGUUUGAGUGACUAACACUGUAAGAUAGUACCUCGAAAUAGGAUGCUUUGAAGAAGUCUUCAUUAUUCCUUUGCAUCUAGUUUAUCUCCGAAGUUGAUUCUCAAAUGGCUGCACUUGAGGCUUUGAAAAAGAAGCUUACUCCAUUAUUUGAUGCCAAGAAAGGUUUUUCAGCUGGAACUACCCUUGAAUGUGGUGAUUCCGACAUGCUCUCAGAUAGUGGAACCAUUAACUUACUGAGCAGAUCAUAUGGAGUUUACAACUUCAAUGAGCUAGGAUUACAAAAGUGCACCUCAUCACCUGUGGAUGAAAACAGCCCUAGUGAAAAGACAUAUCGAAUUGCAUCCCGUGAGAUGAGGGUUUUUGGAGCUAUUGGCAGUGGUGCAAGUAGUAUUGUCCAGAGAGCUAUUCACAUACCCACGCAUAGAAUUAUUGCAUUGAAGAAGAUUAAUAUUUUUGAAAAGGAAAAACGACAACAACUACUCACUGAGAUCAGGACGUUGUGUGAGGCACCUUGUUCUGAGGGACUUGUUGAAUUCUAUGGGGCAUUUUAUAUUCCCGACUCCGGACAAAUAAGUAUUGCUUUGGAGUACAUGGAUGGUGGUUCUCUUGCAGAUAUCAUACGAGUUCAGAAGUGUAUACCAGAAUAUGUUCUCUCAGCUAUUGUCCGAAAGCUUCUGCAUGGACUAAGUUACUUGCAUGGAGUUCGACAUUUGGUGCAUAGAGACAUAAAGCCUGCCAAUUUGCUUAUCAACCUCAAGGGGGAGCCAAAGAUAACAGAUUUUGGCAUAAGUGCUGGGCUGGAGAAUUCAAUGGCAAUGUGUGCCACCUUCAUUGGAACUGUCACAUAUAUGUCUCCGGAGAGAAUCCGUAAUGACUCAUAUUCGUAUCCUGCUGAUAUUUGGAGCCUUGGUCUUGCACUUUUUGAGUGUGGCACAGGAGAGUUUCCUUAUAUUGCGAAUGAUGGACCUGUUACUCUUAUGCUACAGAUCUUGGAUGAUCCUUCUCCCUCACCAUCCAAGGAAAAAUUCUCGUCGGAAUUCUGCUCAUUUAUUGAUGCGUGUCUACAAAAGGAUGCUGAGGCAAGGCCUACAGCGGAGCAGCUUCUUUCGCACCCAUUUAUUACAAAGUACGAGGAUUCCCAAGUUGACUUAGCAGCUUUUGUCCAAAGUCUUUUCGAUCCUGUACAAAGAUUGAAGGAUUUGGCUGACAUGCUUAGUAUUCACUAUUACUUGCUCUUUGAUGGACUUGAUGAUGAAGAGUGGCAGCAAAUAAAGUCAUUCUACAACGAACAAUCCAUUUUAAGUUUUUCUGAGAAGCAAUAUGUAGGAUCAAAUGAUAUCUUCACUAAAUUGUCGGAUGUGCGGAGAAAAUUAGCAGGGAAAUGGCCUCCUGAAAAGCUGGUCCACGUUGUAGAGAAAGUGCAAUGCCGUGCUCAUGGUAAAGGUGGAGUUGCAAUUCGUGUAUCUGGAUCUCUUAUUGUUGGAAACCAGUUCAUCAUUUGUGGUGAUGGUAUGCAAGUAGAAGGCUUGCCGAACUUCAGAGAUCUCAACAUCGAUAUAUCAAACAAGCGGAUGGGAACAUUUAAGGAGCAAUUUAUCAUUGAAGCAGGAGACGCCAUCGGAUGUUACUACAUAACUAACCAAGAGCUUUACAUCAUGUCAGAGAACAGUUAGGAUUAUUGCCCUAUGCCUUCUUUUAGUUUGCAGAGCUUUGUAAGUUAUUAAAACCUUGUAACUUGUAAAUCCAAUUUGUACAGUAUUAGUAGCAUCAUCUAUAUAUUCAAAAUGUAUAUUUCAGCUGAUUUUGCAACUGCUGAGCAUGUAUGUUUAUUAUGGUUUUCCAAUAUAAAAAUAGAACAUCAUUAUCUACAA